UCCAAACCGCGUCUGGCGCGCGGGACCGUUAUUUCUCUUUCCUCGAGCUCAUUGAUUAACGUCACAAUGGCGCCGCUGUCCAUCCAGUCAGGAGUGAACUACGCCAAAACUCUGCUGCCGGACACUUUAGUGAGGUCCGUAUCAACAGUCCAGACCACCAUCUCUCGUCACAUCUUGCCCGCGGCUCAGCCUCGCCGUUUUAUGAUCUGCGCCCAUAGCAGCCGGAGGCGGCGGCGGGGUGUGGAGGCGUCCUCUCUGGACGAGCUGCUGGAGCAGGCGGUGAGGGUGUUCAUGUUGACCUGCACCCUCCUGACUCUGGUCCUGGAGGAGGACGGGACUGUGGUGGACUCGGAGGACUUCUUCCAGUCUCUGCCCAACAACACGCCGCUGAUGGUGCUGGAGAACGGAGAGAGGUGGACGCCGAACAAGUUCUACCGUCAGCCAAAGAGGAAUGGGGUUGCUAAAGUGACCUUUAACCUCUACAAGCUGCACCCUAAAGACUUCCUGGGCUGCCUCGCCAUCAAGGCCACUCUGUAUGAGGUCUACACGCUGUCCUACGACUUCAGGUGCACCAGGAUUAAACACAUCCUCAAGUUGGCGCUGAGCGGUGUCACCUGCCUGAGCAGACUGGCAGGCCAGCUGCUGCUCUACACCGCUUCCUCAUUACUGCAGUUCACAACGGAGCACGACUGCUAGUGCAGGUUAGAGGCGUGUCCGUCCUCGCCAACGACGUGGGACUCGCCACAAAUGGUUUAACUGCCCUCUGGUGGAAAAUAUGAAUUCAGCUUGUGUGUCUGAGACAGACUGAGUUAAAUACUCGCAAACUCUUACCGGUUUUCCUCUUGUUCACCCUGUUUUUAUCUAGACUGACUCCUGUCUGAAUACGAGUGUUUUAAGUGUGUUUAGAUGGACGAAGUUGUUUCAGUUGUGACGUUUCUUUUCUGGAUGUUUUAUCUUUUCUUUUUGAGCUGUGAGGAUUUAAAUUUAAUGUCAAGAGGAGGAAAAGUUGUAAAUGUGCUUAAAAUUUAAUUGUAAAUGAAUAAAGAUGAGCUAUUUGAA